AUGACUAAAUGUCCUGUUGUUUACCCGUUAAAUCCGCCCGAUGUUUCUUCGGACCCACAAGUCAUUCCCGAUUUCAACCCCGCGUGGAGCGCUGCGUGGUCAAAGGCGAGAGACCUGAUAAGCGGACUCAGUAUAGAGGAAAAGGUCAACUUUUCGACCGGCGUGGGAUGGCAAGGCGGACGUUGUGUUGGGAAUACUCCUCCUGUUCCGCUUGACGGAUCGGGGACAUGGCAAGGUCUUUGCCUGGAGGAUUCUCCUCUCGGAGUACGUGACACGGACUUCGCUACGGUAUUCCCUGCUGGAAUCAAUGCCGCGACGACGUGGCAACGUAGUCUUAUCAGAAAACGAGGUAUAGCCAUGGGCCAGGAGCACAAAGGGAAAGGUGUUAAUAUCGCACUCGGACCAAUGAUGAAUCUCGGAAGGGUUGCGCAGGGUGGCAGAAACUGGGAAGGAUUCGGUGCUGAUCCCUUCCUUGCUGGCGAAGCUGCGUAUGAGACUAUCCUCGGAAUGCAGAGCGCUGGUGUUCAGGCUUGUGCGAAGCAUUAUGUCAACAAUGAGCAAGAGCAUGAGCGGACCAUGGAGAGCUCAAAUGUUGAUGACCGGACUCAACAUGAAUUAUACACCCACCCGUUCUUAAGGAGUGUCAUGGCUGGUGUUGCAAGCGUGAUGUGUUCAUACAACCAAGUCAAUGAGACUUAUGCAUGCGAAAAUGACCGGACGCUGAACCAGAUUCUAAAAGGUGAAAUCGGAUUCCGUGGUUUCAUUAUGUCAGACUGGUCGGCACAACACUCAACUCUUAGCGCAAUUUUCGGCUUGGAUAUGACAAUGCCUGGUGAUAUUACCUUCAACUCGGGCACAUCAUGGUGGGGUCAAAAUCUCACAGACUUCGUGAGGAACGGGUCUAUUGCCGAGGCGCGCCUUGACGAUAUGGCGACGCGCAUUGCUGCUGCGUGGUACUUCCUUCAUCAGGACGAAAAUUAUCCUGCGGUCAACUUCAAUGCUUUCAACUCUGUUGACCCGGCGACGAAUGAGAACGUGGACGUCCAGGAUGAUCAUGACAAGCUUGUUCGGGAGAUUGGAGCCGCUUCGACUGUGUUGCUAAAGAACAAGAACGGGACACUUCCGCUCAACAAGCCAAGGAGGAUAACACUUUUCGGUACCGAUGCUGGUCCACAGAUUGGAGGACCCAAUCAAUUCUCUGACAAUGGAGGGAACGACGGUAUCCUCGCUAUGGGAUGGGGUUCGGGAACGGCUAACUUCACGUAUCUUAUUUCUCCUUACGAAGCUAUUCAGCGCCGAGCGAGGCAAGACCGGACCACUGUAAACUGGCUAUUCGAUGACUUCAAUUUACCGACGGCUGGAAACAUGGCUAUUCAAACUGACGUGGCGAUCGUUUUCGUGAACUCCGACUCUGGUGAACAAUACAUUAAUUUCGACGGGAACGAGGGCGACCGCAAAAACCUCACUGCGUGGCAUAAUGGUGAUGCGUUGAUAGCUGCUGUCGCAGCUCAAAAUGACAAUACCAUUGUUGUGGUGCAUUCUGUGGGACCGCUUAUCAUUGAACCUUGGAUUGAACAUCCGAAUGUCACUGCGGUUGUAUGGGCUGGUCUUGGUGGACCGGAGACUGGAAACGCUCUUGUUGAUGUGCUUUAUGGUGAUGUGAACCCGUCGGCGCGUCUGGCGUAUACUAUUGCGAAGAACGCGAGUGAUUAUGGGGCGCACCUAAUUCUUGGAGGUGGUGGGAAUACGAUCUUGCAAAUCCCAUACAACGAUAAACUCCUAAUUGAUUACCGCUUCUUCGACGCGAAUAACAUUGAGCCGCGAUUCGAAUUCGGGUUUGGGUUGAGUUACACGACGUUUGCGUAUUCCAAUCUUCAUGUGUCAGAAGUCCAAGGGGAAUUUGCUUCGGCGAGUGUGAGCAAUGCGUGGAAAGGCGGUAACCCGGGUCCAGGUGGAGAAGGCUCAUCGGUUGCUUUAUGGCUUCAUGAGCCCGCGUAUAAGGUGACGUUUACGGUCAGGAACACUGGAGGCGUUGCUGGGACUGAGAUUCCGCAAUUGUACGUGCACCACCCAACGUCAGCGGGUGAACCACCGAGUGUGUUGAAGGGCUUUUCGGAUGUGUUCCUCCAUCCCGGGCAGAGUCAGAGUGUGUCGAUUACGGUGUCGCGGUAUGAUUUGUCCGUGUGGGAUGUGGUGACACAGUCGUGGCGUUGCCCUAGGGGAACGAUCAAGUUCUCGAUUGGAGCGAGUAGUAGGGAUAUGAGGCUGCGGGGUGCCUUUCCUUCGUGA